AGGAGUUCAGUCGUCCGCCAAGCCGCCGCCGCUGCCUUCGCUUUCCUCUCCCCGUUGACCCGCGGCGCCUUGCGCUCUCUGGAGAGGGACCGGGCUGCCCUGGAUCCUCUCAGUUGGCCCGCGGGGAGCAAAAACCGCGCGGGGCUCCAGCGAGCAAGAAGCCGCCCACACGGUCCAAGAGACGGCCCGAGGAGACGGGGCGGGUAGCUCCUCGCGAAGGGGGCAGCCUAAGAGCCAACAAUUGAGAGAAGCCUCGCCACGAGCGCUCCCGUCCGCCUCUUCUCCUUCUCCGGGGCAGGGCGGGGAAUCGAAAGAGUCCCGCUGGCCAGGCACAGUCCGCCGGGGCUCCGCCAGGGAUCCGGUUCCCCCAUGGCCCCGCUGCUGUUGACCUUGGCUGCCGCCGCCCUGGCCUGGCCCUGCCCUGCCGCCCCGUCGGAGAGCCGCUUCUCCGAGGCGCGGGUGGCGCGCUGGGCGGCGGCGGCGCUCAGGCACGUGGCGGCGACUCAGUGCCCCGAACGCGGCGGGCUCUUGCCGCGGCCUCAAUGUCAGCGUUUGGUGCGGCUCUCGCAAGGGCCAGGCCCUGCAGUCUAUAUCUCCGAACCUGCCCGGCCGGGUCAGAAAGUGCGGGCGCUCCUGCCCGACGGCUGGGGAGACAAGCCUGGCGCGCCCCUCGUCCCCAGCCGGAACCAGAGCGGCGGCGGCGGCGGCCCUCAGCGAGCAGCCUUCGCACCUGCCGGCCAAGACGCCGUCCUGGUUUUGGACCCCAAUCCCGGCGCCAACUUCGGCCACCCGCUCCUGCUCUUCUAUGUCGACUUCAACGUCAGCCCGCGUCGGUGCCGCAGUCGCGGUCGCCUCUACCUGGGGAGCUACGAAUGCUUGACUCCUGUACAGAGAAAUCACUGUGAGAACCAGCUAAAGCGCAGACCAGGACGUGGCAAGGGGCGGAGUCAGCGCUCAGCAGGACACAUGCGCCAUGAAGAACCACCAGUAGGGUUUUGCGAGAUACAUUUUCUGCCCCUGAUAGUGGUGGCGCAGGAUCUGAAACACCUGCAGAAAUUGCACUGCAUAGAUCUCCAUGGCUACAGCCCAUGCCCACAGCCUCUGCCUCUUGUCGGUUCUAGUUCCACAGCUGCCUACUGCGAGCUCAACGAGAAUACACGGCGGUGUCAUCGCCAGCAGUCUCCGAUGUACAAGUUGUGCCGCAAUAUCAGACAUGUGAUCACGCAGUACUGAUUGCAGGUGGAUGGCAGGAGCAGGUCACCUAUCCUCACCAUGCCCAGAACCUGUUGCUUUCUACCAGAUGCUUCGACGAAAUGGUUUCCGCCAAGAGCAUAUCAAGGCUUUCUUUGCCAAUGAGGGACAGGCUUCAGUGGAGAUGGGAAAUGUGCAACCAGCCACAGAGAAGUUGGCGAUCCGGUCCCACUUGGCACUUCUCUGCCGUAGUCUGCAUUGUGCUGACACACUGGUACUCUACCUCAACAGUCCAGCUUCCAGUGAUGGCACCAUGUUCUUGUGGGAUGCUAACCAUAACGGCAUUGCUGAUCCUAAGGAGCGUUACGCCAUCUCAGAGCUCUUAACAGACUUGGAAAGUUGCAAUGCCCAACGGGUCCUGCUCUUUGUUGACCAGAGCUAUCCAGGGCCAUUGGUAAGAAGCUUCAGGCAUCGCAGCGCCAUCCCAAUGUAGUGUUGGUCCAUAGCACCACUGCCCUCCGAAGUGGAUCAGCUUUUGCUGAAUUCUGGGCAGGACUGCAACCUGACCAUGUCUACUUCAGCAUACUUUGCCAGUGGGUUCGUGGUCUGCAGUCUUCGCCUCUGGCACUCCAAUCCAGCUGCUCAAUGUCACAUUAGCAGGAGCCCCUUGCCAUUCUGUGCCACCCUUAGGAGAGGAAGAACGCCAGCGUCGCUACCACGGCUGCCAAAACCUUCCCACCAUGUUGUGGUAUCAGAGCAGGCACCAACAGGAACUGCAACACGAUGACUGAUCAUGGUGGGCACUGUCUUGGGGAUGUCUAUGAGGCCCAUAGUCUUGUUCUGUAACCAGAGGCCCUUUCCUCCAAGGAGGGGUGUUUUUUUUUUGGUUUUGAGGGACCCAGAUGCAAUUAACACCAACAGUCAUCCAAUGGGUGGAUAUGAUACUGUUGCUGGACAUUGCCAUAGUAGGGAGAAACUUUCCUAGUAAUUUGUCUACAGUGGACUCUACAAAGUUGUUCAAUUUUCCAAGGCAAAACUGAGAAGCAGAUGUGCCACUGUUGGUUCUUGUAUAUUGUUAAGCAUAAACACAGAUGAAAAAAUGUUAGAUCACAAGUGGAAGAACGAGACUGGAAGAUUCCAGUCAUAAGUCAGAAUAUAUUUGGGGGGAGGGGGAACAGACUUCUAGGGUAACAACUUAAUACCAGGGAGAGUAGGCAAUGCACAGUGGAGGAAGUACAAGUGUAAAAGAGUAAAGCAUCUAUGCUAAUGUACAAAUUGUGCUGCUCUCUUGUGUAUAAGAAUCUCCCUUUCCACACACAAUGCAUUUAUCAAUUCUCCCUCAUGUUUUUCUCCAUAUAAUACUCGGGAGCAUCAUGAUGAGACAGGAGUGGGUGGAAAGAAGAAGUUUUGAAACAAUCAAGCUCUUUAAUAAAAACAAACUUUAUUCUCAA